AUGGCCGUCAUCAGCAGUCUGGUCCCAGCAAGAUUUCUGACGCUGUUGGCUCACCUGGUCAUCGUUGUCACCAUAUUCUGGUCGAGGGAAAUUAAUGUUUUAGCCUGCCUUCCUGUUGGUUAUACGCAGGAUCAGUACAAUGCAGCCGACACCCAGUUGAUUGUGGCCCUGUCGGUGACUCUGGGAAUGUUUGUUAUUGAGCUGGCUGGUUUCCUCUCUGGAGUGUCAAUGUUCAACAACACACAGAGCCUACUAUCCCUGGCUGCCCACUGUUCUGCUUCAGUCAGCCUUUCCCUGUUUGUGUCCCAGAAGUGGGAGUGCACCUCCUAUUGGUACAUCUUUGGCUUUUGCAGCGCCUUUCCGGCCUUCACCGAAAUAAUCAUCUUCAUUGCUGUGCUUGGAUUUAAACAGAAACCACUGUGA